AAAAUGGAAGAGUGAGGCUACAUACAUUAUGAUACAUAUAGUACCAGCUUCAGCCUGAUAACCCAUUUUCACCUAUCAAAAACAUUUAUCAAACAUUAGAAGCUUUUUUGGCUAGGUACAUAUAAGGUACAACGUCAUCUCAGACCUGCAGUGCAGCCCUCUUUUUUUGGUCUUCCCCUACUUAACUACUUGACUAGUACCUAACUUCGUUGCUACGACACACACACAUGCAAAUCUACCUAGUAGCUACCCACGUAUUUCGAGAGAGCGGUCUAGGGGGGGGAAUUCAUGCACCUCCAAAUCUCAAAUCUACUUUUACACCGUAUGAUAUAUGAUAUGACAUGACUCCAAACAGCUGGUCUAUGAGAUCUGAAAGAAGGAAAUCAAAUAAGUGACGAUGGAUGCCCAGGAUACCCAACAUACACCCAAAUCUGAGGAUGCCGAUGAAGCUUCUCAUGAAGCUUCAAGUCCUCAUGAGAUUGACUUUGUCACAUUGGGCAUGUUCAUCAUCGAUGAAAUCGAGUACCUGCCUCCGACGCCGCCCGUGAAAGAUAUCCUUGGUGGCGCCGGCACCUAUUCGGCACUGGGCGCCCGGCUUUUCUCCCCGCCGCCUCUCUCCCGCUCCGUCGGGUGGAUCAUCGAUAAGGGUUCCGAUUUCCCACCUGCCCUCGAAGAACUUGUGUCCACUUGGGAUACUUCGGUAAUCAUCCGACCCACGCCAGAUCGCCUCACAACUCAUGGCUGGAAUGGUUACGAUGCUCAUCAGAACCGUGCUUUCCGCUACUUGACCCCCAAGAAACGACUUACGGCUGAGGAUCUAUCCACAUCUCUUCUUACUUCUCGCUCUUUCCACCUCAUCUGCUCCCCUACUCGCUGUCGUGAGCUCGUCACAGAGAUCAAGGCCCGCCGAAGUGGGCUCUCUGGACCAGAUGGUGGGGCCCUUCCCAAACCUAUCUUCAUUUGGGAGCCCGUGCCGGAUCUUUGUACUCCAGACGAGUUGCUCAACUGUACCAACACCUUACCUUUGAUUGACAUCAUUAGCCCAAACCAUGCCGAACUAGCAGGGUUUAUGGGUGACUCUGGUCUGGAUCCGGACACAGGUGAAAUCAGCACAAAAGCAAUCGAGCGCGCAUGUGAGCAGCUGUUGGGUUCGAUGCCCCUGCAAUCUUUCGCCAUUGUAGUCCGCGCUGGAGAGAAAGGGUGCUAUCUCGCGCGCAAUGGCGGUCGCAAGCGCAAGACGCGACCUUCAGUGCCCCGAAGCAAGAAGCCAUCCGCUUUCCUACACGGGGGCUUGCGGCCUGACACCGACAUGGAAGCCCUUUUUGCUGGGCUCCUCCAAGAUCCCGAAGGCAGCAUUGCUCGGGAGGAGAUUGAGGUCGAUCCUGGCGUCGAGCGUUGGAUCCCCGCGUAUCACACGGAACCGGAGAAAGUCGUCGACCCGACUGGCGGCGGCAACACGUUCCUAGGCGGGCUGGCCGUCGCACUAGCUAGGGGCAAAAACCUCGAAGAAGCCGCUGCGUGGGGAUCCGUCGCUGCGAGUUUUGCAAUAGAGCAAGUUGGCACACCGACGCUUGGGAAAGACGAAGAUGGAGAGGAGACGUGGAACGGUGUCAAUGUCAACAAGAGGUUCGAAGAGUUCAAGAGCAGGCUAGCCUUUAGUGAAAGAUAGGCUGUGACAAAAAGGAGGAUGAGGAAGAGGAAUAGGAAUACUCCCAAAGCGAGACUAAAAUUUGGAGGGUUUAAUUACUGAUGAAGGGUACCUACUUACUACCUACUAAUAUUUCCUUACCCCCCCUUACGGAAGUGCGGGUGGGCGGGUUAUUUCUAUUCCUGGUUUUGAUUUGAUUCUCUUAUCGAAUCCUGUUUGCAAUCCAAAAAGGAGGAUAUGACACUGAUGAAAGAAAUAGCAUACACACAAACACACCACAGGUAACGGGGACUUGGUAAUAAUGGUUAUAGACAACAAGGUCUCUGGUCACGGCUAAGACGCGGUGAAUUGAAAUUUUAUUGAAAUAUUUUAUCAUGAGAUGUUGCAUGCUGUUGCUAUAAUCGUCGUUGUUAUUGUUGUUGGGGUUGUAGGUUGGUCGUAG